AUGAAGUGGAAGGUCCGCAGAGCAGAUCCAAAGCAAGGCGCUGCCAGGGUGACCCUGCGUGAGAUGGAUCAAAACCACGAGCAGCUCACUGCCGUAGCAGCGGCUGGAGAAGGGGAGGGCGGAGGGUCUGAAGCAGCGCAGAAGAGUAUCAGAUACCUCACGCCCCGGUACUUGUCUAAAGCGUGGUCAGGUCUGGACACAAAGAAGCUGAGGGACGGUGAAGGGAGAGCUCUCGCUCUUUAUCUUAGCACAGACUCACAUUCAUCACGAUCUGAUACAGCCAAAAUCCAGGUGAUGCUGGUGGGAAAGUGGAGGGGCUUGGGACUUGUUGGGAGCCUACUGGGACAUGAGAGAAGCCAAUUACCAACAUUCAGCCAGAUACUUCCAUGCCCUGGCGGGAGCUAUGAUGCUGCACAAAGGGGCCCUGGGGGCGUCUGGGCUGCUAAAGUGAUCAGCAAUGUCAGGGAAUAUCUUCAAGGACUCUUAAACCAGGAUUACUUUGGAAGCAGCAGCUAUGGGUUGCGGGACUUGAAGUCCAAUCAGAAAGCUGAGGAAUGGGGCCGCAGUGGCAACGACCCCGAGCACUUCCGACCUGCUGGCCUGGCUGAGAAAUACCGAGCUCCCAGCUCCCUCUGCUGUCACGAGGCUGUGAGCCACACACCUCUCCCCGCAAACAGGGCACAGUGUUGCUGAGCUUUGUGUCCCCAGGGCACCCAGCAGUGCCCAAUACAUGUUUCUCAAAUUGAAUUUGGUUUUUUUGUGUGUUUUUUUCUCAAGAUAUUUUUUAUUGAGGUACCAUUGGUUUGUAACAUUAUAUAAAUUUUGGGUGUGUAUCGUUAUAUUUCGAUUUCUGUGUAGAUUACAUAACGUUCACCACCCAAAGACUAGUUACAAUCCAUCACCACACACAUGUGCCUUAUCACCCUUUUCACCCUCUGCCCUACCCCCUUCCCCUCUGGUAACCACCAAUCCAACCUCUGUGUCUAUGUCUUUGUUUGUUGUUGUUUUUAUCUUCUAUUUAUGACUGAGAUCAUACAGUAUUUGACUUUCUCCCUUUGACUUACUUCGCUUAACAUAAUACCCUCAAGGUCCAUCCGUGUUGUCACAAAUGAUAAGAUUUCAUUUUGUUUUAUGGCUGAGUGGUAUUCCAUUGUGUAUAUUUACCAUAUCUUCUUUAUCUGUUCAUCCCUUGAUGGGCACUUAGGUUGCUUCCAAGUCUUGGCUAUUGUGA